GGCCCGCGCGAGCGAGCAUGGCCGCGGAGCUGAGCGCCGACGAGGAGCGGGCGACCAAGCAGUUCCUAGAAGAGAUCAACAAGUGGACAGGCCAGUACAAUGUGUCCCCGCUCUCCUGGAACGUGGCCGUCAAAUUCCUCAUGGCUCGCAAGUUUGAUGUGCUGCGAGCAAUCGAGCUCUUCCACUGCUACCGGGAGACACGCCUGAGGGAAGGCAUCGUGAAACUGAAGCCACACGAGGAGCCGCUGCGCUCGGAGCUGCUCAGUGGGAAAUUCACCAUCCUGAGCGCGCGGGACCCCUCGGGAGCCUCCAUCGCCCUCUUCACAGCCAAGCUGCACCACCCCAGCAAGAGCGUGCAGCAUGUGGUGCUCCAGGCGCUCUUCUACCUGCUYGACCGUGCCGUGGAGAGUUUCGAGACGCAGCGGAACGGGCUCGUGUUCAUCUAUGAUAUGGCUGGCUCGCAGUACACCAACUUCGAGCUGGACCUCAGCAAGAAGAUCCUCAACCUGCUCAAGGGAGCCUUCCCAGCUCGGCUCAAGAAAGUCUUCAUCGUGGGAGCACCCAUGUGGUUCCGUGUACCCUACUCCAUCAUCAGCCUCCUGCUCAAGGAGAAGCUGCGGGAACGGGUGCAGAUGGUGAAGAUGUCGGAGCUGAAGGAGCACCUGCCCCGGGAGUGUCUCCCCGAGUACCUCGGCGGCUCCCUCAAGCUUGACCCUCUGAGCUGGAACUGCCGCUUCCUGCCCCAGCAGAACGGCCACCCUGACCCCCUUGACGAGCUCAUCUUGGUACCACUGGUGACCCCCAAGGACAAUGGCUCCGUCCAUGUCCCAGGGCCCAAAUCCAUCACCGUCCAGGAGCUGCUGGACCACGUCACCCACAAGCAGAAGCGCGGCAUCUAUGAGGAGUACGAAGACAUCCGGCGCAGGAGUCCGGCUGGGACCUUCGUGUGCUCGCUGGCGCCCCACAACCAGGAGAAGAACCGCUACGGGGACGUGCCCUGCCUGGACCAGACGCGCGUGAAGCUGGCCAAGCCCUACAGCCGCCCGGAGCUGACCGACUACAUCAACGCGAGCUUCAUGGACGGCUACAAGCAGAGGAAUGCCUACAUCGGCACGCAAGGGCCUCUGGAAAACACCUACGGGGACUUCUGGCGCAUGGUGUGGGAGCAAAACGUCCUGGUGAUCGUCAUGACAACGCGGCUGGAGGAGGGUGGCCGGAGGAAGUGUGGCCAGUACUGGCCCCUGGAGAAGGAUUUCCAGGUGCGCUACGGGACGCUCACCAUCACCAACCUGGGCGUGGAGAACCUGAACCAUUACAAGAAGACUAUCCUGGAGCUCCACAGCUCGGAGAGCCGGGAGAGGCGCCUCGUCUCGCACUUCCAAUACCUGAGCUGGCCGGAUUACGGCGUCCCCUCGUCUGCCGCCACGCUCAUCGACUUCCUGGGCGCCGUGAAGCAGCAGCAGCGCGUGGCCGCCAGCGCGCUGGGCCCCCGCUUCAAGGGCCACCCCGGGGGCCCCCCGGUUGUGGUGCACUGCAGCGCCGGCAUCGGCAGGACAGGGACCUUCUGCGCGCUGGACAUCUGCCUGUCGCAGCUGCAGGACGUGGGCACGCUGGACGUGCAGCAGACGGUGGCGCGCAUGCGCACGCAGCGCGCCUUCAGCAUCCAGACGCCCGAGCAGUACCACUUCUGCUACGCCGCCAUCCUGGAGCACGCGCAGCGCCAGGGGCUGCUGCCCGCGCCGGGCUCCGCCGCGCCGGCACGCUGACCGCGCCGCCGCCCGCGCGCACACGGACUGUGCCUUACUCGACAYGCGCGCGGAGCCUGCCGCUCCCCCGUUUUUCCUCUUUUUUUUCCUUUUUUUUUUCCGGUGGGACCAUCUGAAGUCAGGCCCGGGACUGCUCCGUGCCAGCGGUGCUUGGAGACACAGAGCCCCAGCAGCUCGUGUCUUGCCAGAGCCACGGCGUUCCCGUUGUGUCCCGCUGCUCCAGUGGCUUUCCCAAGUCACGGCCAGGCACGAAGCCAAGCGGGAGCAUCGCAUGCCGUGGCCUCCCCUCUUGCUGCCAGCUCUUGCCCUGGCUGCCCUAAUUUUAUACUGUAAUAAGCUCCUUGAAUGUGUAUAUUCUUAUUU